AUGGCAAGUUCCAGUACCUCUAGGAAAGAAGCAGCACGCCGGCUCGUGCAAAGCAUUUCCAAACAGCAUGGCUACCUUGGUGAGGAAGUUUAUGCAACUAUGACCGCAGACACUCGCCGUCAAGUUCAAGAAGCACUCCUCAUGGCGCAUACACUGGUAGGAACAAGUGUCAUAACACUUGCAAAGAAUCUCUAUACUAAGGACGUUAGAUGGAUUUUCGAGCUCUUGCAAAAUGCCGAGGAUAACUCCUUCACCCGGGCACAAUCUUCGGGCGUCGUUCCAUACGUGUCUUUUGAUGUGUAUAAGGAUCGAGUUGUCGUGGAAUGCAACGAAGAUGGCUUUACAGAAGCAAAUCUUAGAGCGAUAUGUAAGAUUGGAGCGAGUUCAAAGACAGGGGCUCAAGGAUACAUUGGCGAGAAAGGUAUUGGUUUCAAGUCGGUCUUCAAGGCAGCAUGGAAAGUUCAAAUCCAGUCUGGAGACUAUUCGUUCACAUUUACCCACCGAAGAGGCGACUCUGGUAUGGGGAUGAUAUCUCCUGAAUGGUACGACUCGACAGAAAAGAUACCGAGGCCCUUGACUAGAAUCACAUUGUUUUUGCAUCCCAACGAUGUCCCAGGUACCGAAGAUGCGCGACGACAAAAUAUCCUCAAUCAGUUGAACGAGCUUCAACCUACAAUGCUCCUAUUCCUGAAGAAGCUCAAGCAAAUCAAGGUGCGCAUAUACGACGAUGCUGGGACCGAAACAUCAUCCUCUUUGCUUAAAAUAAAUCAUACCAACCAAGUCAGCAAUCGCAUACUCGAGAAAUUUUAUACCCAAGACGGAAAUACGACCCAUACGACCCAUACGACACAAAGAUACCACAUCGUGGAGUAUAUUGCACGAAAUCUUCCUCAUAAUGAGAACAGAACGUAUUCUCCCCAGGAAGAAGCAUCGAGAGCAUACAGCACUGCUCCGGUCGUCCUCGCAUUUCCUCUUUCACAAGAUGACGAACCAUUUAUCGAACAACAGGAAGUCUUUGCAUUUCUUCCAGUCCGCCGAGUGGGAUUUAAUUUCCUAAUCCACAGCGAUUUCGUAACCCAAGCGAACCGAGAAGAUAUUGUGACCACCUCAUCUCGAAAUAUUAAGCUAUUAAGUUCACUAGCAGAGGCCUUCGUGGUUGCAAUGAGAUCGCUUUGUUUCCACCCGACCUUGAGGUAUCAGUGGAUGCGUUACCUUCCAAAGUUGUCAAACUAUCCAUGGGACCCAUUCUGGUUAAAGCUCGUUAAUAAAAUCAAAUCCCAUAUUUCCGAUGAAGAGAUCUUGAUUUUACGGGAUUCGCCGAUCCAAAGGCAGAUGUCACAUGCAAGACGACUCACAUUGGACACACUUGAUCAACACGGAAAUCCCCUGUUUAACGACCUCCCCGGCGAUAGAGCUAGUUAUAUCUCAUCCAGUUACAAGGCAAGCGACCUUAGUAUUCUCCAAGAUUAUGGACUCAAGAGUAUAAGGCAUUAUGAGGUGAUUGAUAGAUUAUCGAGAGAUCUAUCUAGCGAUACAUCCAGGAUGCGGUCCACGAGGACCGAUUCUGAUUGGCACGCUCGUGCAGCCCGAUAUAUAAGUCUAUCAUUUGAAAACCAAUGGAGUAACUCGAUGAACACAACUAAAUCGUUACAACUGAUCCCCUUAGUCGACGGAAAAUGGGUUAGUUCGAGGAAUGUUGAUGUGCAUUUUCCAACUACGAAAAGCGGACUCGCAAUUCCAGCUGAUCUCGAGUUUCACCUCAUAGACCCCGUCGCAGUAACAUUAUCUGAAAGGAGACAGCUAUUUCUUCAUCUCGAUGCAAAAUACGCUUCAGUACACGAUGUCCGUGUCGACAUCUUUCGAAGAUAUUGGAAAAAGAAGGCUAUAGGGAUAAACUACGAAACCUCACUCUCUCAUCUCAAAUACCUCUAUCUAACACACAACCCAGCUUCCAAGUAUGGUGAAUUCGAGAAUUAUAACGAUUUGUGGCUAUGGGAUGAUCGCGGAUCUUGGUAUCCAUUGAAAUCACACGUGUCUUACUCGGACAAGGGAUUCUGGGAACUAAUCUCCAAGGCCGACAAGUCUCCAGGGUGGAGUAAUGUUCAUUUCAUAGACAGAAAGUAUUUUGAAGACGACCCAGGAAAAUCAACUCAACAUGACCUGACCUGGAGAGAAUGGCUUGAAACAUGCCUCAAUGUUCGCAAUUACUCGAGACUAUUCGAUUUUUCCAAGGACCUUUCAAACAACAUUUCAGAAGAAUGUAUGUUCGUCGCUGACAACCUUCCCUCAGAGCUUCUGAAUCUCUUGAAACAAAGUUGGGAUUUGGAAAAGUCCCAUGUGACACCUGAACUGGCAGAGGAACUGGGAUGCCUGAAGGUACCAUCCCAAGCUGGUCUUCUAACACCCCUUUCGGAAUCAUAUUUCCCUUUACCGGUAUUAUUAGAAAAGCGUAAAGAGUUCAUGCGAGAGGGAGAGUACUUUCCUUUCAUUCAUAUCGACGAUGACUCAGACCCGGUGUCUCAAUGGGACUUCUUGCGCGCUUUUGGGGUGAACUUUAGCUACGAUAUAAAGUUCUAUCUUGACAUUCUCCAUUAUUUAAGUAUGUCCCACUAUUUCAAGAGCGAGUUUGCCGACCCUUCACGCGUUUUGCGCCUAUAUUUGCGCCUUCAUGCAGAAUGCUUGGACUCACAAAGCAAAGAAAUACAAGCAGAGAAACAGUCUCAGAUACGUACCUUUCUCCAGCCGUCUCGAUUCUUUUUUAUACCUGCUCGGGAGCAGCGCAAGUUUACCUGGGCUACACUUCGGGAAUGUCUACUCGAUGGGCCGACGAACGCUGAAAUUAUCUACAACGAAUUGUUGGAACUAGAUCCGGAAAAGGCCACAGCAGAGCACGUUAAAGAACUCCUUUGGAAUUUUAACUCAUAUAUCGAGCUCGAACACUUCAAUACUUCUCCCGAGAAGUUCCUAGAACGCCGGGUCCUACCGGUUAGGGAGGUUGGUGGCAACACAACCUUGCGUUCGGCGGAGACGGGCUUUGGCAUCAUCGAUCGCAAGAGACUUGGUGACAUUUUCUACGACAAAGUCAAAAUUUUCGAUUUCACCGUCAACGAAAUUGUUAAACUCAAGCCUCUGAUAAAGUGGGCGGGCCUCGAGGAUAGGUAUCUAUCACGACUGGUCCAGGAGACGUCUGUUUUGGAUUCAGGCUUAAAAAUCCCAAUAUCAGACCCAGUCCAAGAUAUCAAGAAGAAGGCAUAUGGGCUACUUCGCAUCGCCACUCAUUUCAAGAGCCCACGGAUUGAAGGUGAUGGUCAAGCGCUAUAUGAUCUGCUCCGCAAUUCACACACAUGGGAGACACCGGAAAUAGUAACCAAACUGGUACUUACCAUAGGCGGACAAACUGUGACCCAAGAAGUCGACCGUGGCAUGAUUCAUAUCGACGAUAAAGAUGGCCUAGAAAUAUACGUCCCGCGUGACGAGGACUUGCGAGAAGAAUCUUACCUCUCUACUCUUCCCGAUCGCUUAACGAAGUGGAUGAUGACCGAUCCCGGGACAAACUCCAAGGGAGAUGUCGACCCUAGUGCGGCGCUAUUAAUUCACGGCAUCUUGACGACGAAGCCUAAACGAGUUGAUUAUUUUCUUACCGAAAAUGGCAUUAUUGAAGUUACCAUACCAAAGCAGGACGAUCAAGAAUAUAUCAUCACUAACCAACCUACACCGACUCUUUCUUCUACACCCACGCUUGUCGAACCUUCUACCCCUCGAAUACUACGCCCGCCUCCCUCCGAGCCUGCGACGCCCCUUUUCGACAGUGGAUCCCCGUACGAGGAUCCCGAGACACCAGCAACAGAUUACACAUACUAUUCUACACCUGGGACAAGUUCAGGUAGAGACCACUCUUCAUCCGCACGAACGGGUCCUUCACCAGAUCCAUUCAUGACGACUAUCGCAGAAAGACAGAGAAAGGCAACUCAAGGGUAUUGUGCUCUCCUAUCACAAGUGAUACGUAUGGCCAGGAAAAGUCGACUCCUCUCAGAAGCAAUGGAUCUUUCGGUGCUCUUAGAUGUUAUGACUGGCAAUAAUAUCAUCAACAAUACGCUCUUCAACGAACUUGAUCUAUUUGAUCCCCAAUUGGGCAUGUCCCGGUUCGAGCGUGACAAGAAAGUAGGAGCCGCGGGGGAGCUCUUCGUAUACGAGCUUCUCUCCUCAAUGAGCCCAGCUCUUAGAGGGUUUAGUAGGGCUAAUUGGACAAGUACUAUUCGGAAAUACGUCACGGUGCACCCGGAUUACGCGGAUAUGGGUAGCUGGUCCGGAAUCGAAACGUCUGACCUCGAGUAUAAAGACGAUAAUAAUAAACUAACAGAAGUUCUCAUAAGCAAGGGCCUUCUCCCGAGUAUAUGGCGAGGCUCACGGCCCAAAUAUUAUAUUGAGGUAAAGACUACUCCAGGGGGUCGAGAUACACCCUUUUAUAUGUCGGAUGCUCAAUAUCACAAGAUGGAGAGCCUUUCUACGGAAGAUUCGAUAUAUGUUAUCUUCCGAGUUUCCGAACUAUACAGCGGCCGUAUUACCGUUGACAUCUACGUCGAUCCGAUCAAGCUUGUUGAGGAGGGGCGGUUGGUGUUCACGGCCGAUAGAUGGACUGUGAAACCGGUGUUUAUAUUUUCGUGGGACAGUCCUGAGUCUGACUGA